AUGCUACCCAAAGCUCGUGUUGUGUACUGUAGUGCAACUGGUAUGACAGAUGUAAAAAAUAUGGUGGGUGUAGAGUGAUGUAUUAUUUUAUAUAAUUGACAAUAACGUGAUUUUGACUGAGUGUCAGGAAACAGCUUGUUACUAUUAAAAGGUAUCCAACUUUGCUUUGCUAGUUUUUCGCAAACAAUGCACUAAGUAAAGGUUGGCAAGUACCUUUAAAAAGUAUGCUGUACGUAGUCAGCAUCUUAUAAGAUACCACUGUACAAAGUUAAAACUUUAAAGUGAAACUUGAUCUUGUGACUUGAUUUUGUACCUGGGAACAAAGAUUUUUUAAGGCGAAAUACCGUCGGUUGUAUCUAAGCGUUGACACGAGACAAAAAAAAAACAUGUUCUAAUAGAGUGCCAGACAUGACGUGUUUUGCCGCCAAACAUUUGCCAAAGCCUUUAAGCCAAAGGUAAGUUUGUAGCCAACCGGAACAUGUUUUUUCCUCAGGUGUACACGCUUAGAUGCAGCCGACGUUAAUUAUGAUCGCCGGGAUGAGUGUACUUAACAGGACUGUUGUUGACAGUGAUUGACGUUUUGACAGGUCUUCAGGUCCUAUCCACAUGUAUCCGGAUAGUUUUGAAAACGGAGACUUUUUUCUCCAUUCUUGCCUCCAUCCAUCCACAUAAACGGCCUUUUCAAAAACACACCCAGAGUGGAGAUUUUUUAAAACGCCGGCUUCUCGUUUAAAGUGGGCUGUCGAAAACGGAGAUUUGUGAACACGAUUGUCAUGCACCAUAUACUACUAGCGUUACACAUGCUCUGUAAGAGCUGCUAUCGUCUUUCCAUCGUUUUAGGGUUUUCAUGUGGACAGGCAAAAACGAUUCAAACACGAUUCAUGUAGACGCCUAUUUUUUUUUUUCAAAAUCGAGAAAAAAAUUCCCAUUUUCGAAAAUAUCCGGAUAGGUGUGGACAGGGUGUCAGGGUCAAAGUCAGUUGUAUCACGUCAGUUGAUGGUAUUAAACUCUGGUUCAAGGUACAUGAUUUCUAGGUACUCAGUAGAAGAGCACAAAGACUCUUGUUGCGUGAAGUUUUUAAACCCUACAAUAAUUGCUGAGAGAUUAUUACAGCAACCAUGUGUAGAAGCCUUAGGUUUCUGACAAUGGUCCCCUUCAGUCCAACGGUCAAUCAGUACAGUACACUGAUACAGUGAUUUGAUUAUUUCCAGGCAUUUAUGGAGAGACUUGGUUUAUGGGGAGAUGGAACAGCAUUUAAAUCGUUUGAUUCUUUUCUAGCCAGCAUAACUAAGAGAGGUCUUGGUAAGUGGCAUAGUUUUCAGCCUAGACUACGAGCAUUCUCUCUUUUUUCCAAGUCCGUCGAGCAAAACGCGCGAGACACGCAAAUGACCACGCGCAACGCUCUCUCGCGCGUACACUCCCCUCACUAAAUCUGAAGGAAAAGAGAGACUGCUUGCAGUCUAUUUUCAGCCCCAAUGAUCCACAUACAAAUUCUCUCCACUGAUCCCCUACCUUUCCUUAAAGAAUUAGUUGAGAGAUUUAAAGGAUUAUUUUAUGAAUUCUGUAAACUUUUUCCUGUAAUGAUGUAUGGAUAUUUUUAGGAGAAAAUUGAUGUUAAUCACGUUUGGUACUCAGUGGGAUAAAGGGGUUAUAUCAAGAUGACUUCCAUAUUCUUGUCAAAGUUGUGCUGAAAUUGUAACUAAGUAUUCUCAGUCACCUUUUUCCAUACUUGGAACUCUUAAAAGAAAGCUAUCAAAUGAUUCGAUCUAAGCCAAGGGGAAGUAAUGCAUGUUCGUUUCUGGUCAUUUUUCGAAGAACUCCUGCCUGCCGUACAAUGCUUAGCUGUGAUAAGAGUGUUAAAGAUCUUAAGGUGCAGCGCGUCCUUGUACCGGCUCUGGCAAAUUACUCGAAACCUUAGCCUAAUUUAUGGGUAGACCACCUGUACUAUAACCGUGGAGAGACGGCUAGCUAGGCUAGUGGCUAGAACGGUGAUGCGCCAUGGUGAUGCUAUUACCACGUCUCGGAAAUCAUGGUCGCCUUUUAUAUAGCCUGUCUCAGGCUUUGAAAUAGUGGAGUGUGGUGCGAAGUUAGAGAAUGGGAAAAAAAUAAGGACAAAGAGGGAGAGAGAGUCUCUCCUGAGAGGAAGGAAUUUCGCCCUCACUCCCUACCCCACUCCUCGCUGUUUUUUCUGCACAUAUCUCCUUGCGUCGUCCUCACAAUCUGAACUCCUGGAACAGUAGCUUACACUUCUCCAUCGGCCGAAACGAUGUAUCUCAAGGUCAUUUAAAAUCUUUCCUAGGUGCUUCUGAAAUGUUAGCUAUGGAAAUGAAGGCAUCAGGGAUGUACGUUUCUAGAGGUCUUAGUUUCAGACAGGCUGAGGUAAUGCAUAAUUUUAGAAAUGGCAUCCUAAUUUUCUGUUGUAACCAGAAGUUUUUCUAACAUACUGAAAUAUAAGGCUUUUUUUUGCAAUGCUUAUUUCUUCACGUCUGUUCCUUUUUUGUUAACAAACUUUGAUAAUGCUUUUUUGUCGCAUUUCUGCAGUUUGUUAAUGUUGAGGCGACACUGACUGCGGAACAGAGAAAGGUUUACGACACUGCAGUUCACGUUUGGUACGUAUGGCAAUGUAAAAAGGUUAAAUCUUCGUAUUAACUGCUUUAAGUAGACCACAACUUAAGGUGGAAUCAUUCAGUGGUUUGUUGUACCAGGGCUCCGGGAUUAACUUAUGUGAUUUCGUAGAAAUUGUACUCAAAACUUGUGCGUUUGUUUGAGUCAAAGCAAAAGCAAAACAACAAUCACAGUCGGUAUUCUGAGAAGUAACGGUUGUGUGUAUGUUUCACAAUCAUAGGGUGAAUAUGUUUCACCUUUUUUUCCUUUUCUCUUUAAAGGAGCGAGUUAAAGAAGUCAUUAGAAUUUGCCAUUGGUCGCACCACCUCUUCUACACCAAGGGUGUGGUCAGUCUUUUGGUCCUGUCAUCAGCGGUUCUUUAAACAGCUCUGGUGAGUAUUUAAUCCCGUCUCUGGUCUUUUAGGGGCAGAUAUUACAACAGAGUUUAGGCGUUAUUUAACAAAACACCUUUCUAACGCCCAUGCCUUAGCAUCGUUUGCUGUUCAUAUCAACAAGAAGGCGACAGCCCGAAUUAGAAUACCAUUUAUCUACUUAAAAUAAAUACCCUACAAACGAAUAAGGAGGCGCUCUGAUUGUUAGACCUCGUUUAAAUAGUCGACCUUCAGUUUCUCCUUAACAUUAUUGCCCUCUUACUUCCAGUAAUGUUGUCCUCGAUGCUAGUUCAUCGGCCUAUUAAAGUUGUACGUAAGACUGAGUCGGUAUCAUCUCCAAUUACACUGUGGUACUGUUUGCAGACGCUAUCGCCUAUUUAUUGGAUAUUACGAGGUUGCGAGGGAAACUGGGUCAAACUGCGUCCCCAAAACAGUCCCAUAGUGCAGUUCGACACAACACCGACCCAGACUCCUGCCCAACCUCAAAACUCUGUGUCCGAGCGAGGUUAAGAAACCUAACAAAAAGAAAACGAAUUUCAUUUGUAUGAGAAUAAAAAAAAUCAUUUUCAUAUCAAUGGCUUCGCACUUAGCCUCGCUUUAAAACAGAGGCUUAGCAACUCGGUAAUGGCUACAUUCGUGGGCCGCUUGGGAGCUCUUGGAAUAGCUUACAGGAUUGAGUGAGAAAUUAAUGAAGAAGCGACGGAAACAAACCCUAACCCUGAAAUAAUAGAGCUACGUACCUGUUAGAGCGAAUGAAAUUAUAUUUUUUGAAGGGCUUCGUGACAGUGGCAAUGUAAGGUAAUCCAAGACAGUCUUUGAUUCUGGAUUGCACGCUGUGGGUUCCGGAAUCGUUAUCAUUGGAACUUGGAUUUGGGAUUUCCAAUCGUUGGUGGGAUUACGGAUUCCAAAGUCCAGGAUUCCGGUUAUCACACGAAAAUAUUUCCUGGAUUUCUGAAUCCAAAUUACCUGAUCUUGGGCGGAUCAUUAUACAUUUCUGGGAAAGUGCCCACCUACCCCUCCCCUAAGCCAACAUUUUGCCUUAAGUGAAAAGCAAGUGUUGAUGUUGGCUCAGGGGAGGGGUAGGUAGGCAGUUUCCCAGAAACGUAUAAUAAUCACAUGGGGCAAUUUUGCCAGUAUCAUGUUCCACUUUCAGCGCCAGCAGGCAUUUUUACUUUGUAACCUUGCUUAUAUUGGGUCUGAUAAUAGAUAUGAUGUAUAUGAAUAUUUUUACAGCAUGAUUAUGAAAGUUCCUACCAUAGUGGAAGAAGCCCAGCAAGCAUUGCAGGCAGGAUAUUGUGUGGUCAUUGGUCUCCAGUCCACUGGAGAGGUGUGUUUUCUCUUUCUCUCCAAUUUUUUUUCGUAUCCACUCCAAACGGGUACAGUUUGUGAUAACAUAAAAAUUUCUUUAUUUCAAGGUCAGCCAUUGUUUAAAAAGUAAUGUUUGAGACACUGAGAACUUCUUGCAAAGUUAGUAGAAAGUACGUACCAAAUAAUUGUUCGCCCCUCACAUUGUAUAGAGAGUUUCACAUAGGUUCUAUUAGUGGAUGCACUUGAUGCAAAGCUAUCGCUGCAAGUAUUUUAAGAUCCUUAAGGAUGUAUGUACGGUCAACUCAGUAUUUAAGUCUGACAAAGCAAAAAAAAUGGUUGGAUUCUUGCGAGAACGCACGAUUCGUCCAUAAAGAAGACCUGCAAAUUGCUGGAUUUGGCCGCUGGGUGUAUGAUGGCCAUCGUAUUUUCCCUGCAAUAAUGUUAUUUCGUUGGUCCAGCAAUUCACCUGUCAAGGCGGAUUUUGUUCAUCUGGAAAGUGAUAGGAUACAGCAAGACUAUCAAUUUUGUCCAGAAGGCAUGAUCGACCACAGGUCACUAGAUUUCGUAGGUCAUGGGCCAUUUUUGGUAAUUUUACUCAGGUAUUGUUUAAUGACCGACGGUUAUUUACUUACUACUUAUUAACCGAAAGUGAGGUCGUUACAGGGAAGUCCCAGACCAAGGCCUUGAUUUAUUGAC